AUGGCAUUUUGCGAAAGCGAGGUUCGGGCCAACCUCACCUACGGAAGCCUCAUGGGAGUCGAGGGGCUUUCGCAACAGGAGGUCUUUCUACGGCUUCCGGUCAAGGAUAUAAUCGUCGGCGAACCGGGUUCGAGCCUUAUACUCAUCGAUAUAGGCAUUGCACAUAAGCAGUUGUCGUUGUCUGUAUUUGAGAACCCACCUGAUUGCAGUGCUGAAAGCAGCCUUGACAAAAUUUCGGUCGUCAGGUAUGCUGCCGACGGGGAGAUUGUCGAUCGCCGUUCGGACGUGAGUUCUCCGGUCGAAGCUCCAGCUUUUUCAGAAAGUCGGCGUCGGCGAGCGGCUCCGGCCGUCCCAGCGACUUUGUUUGGAGUGGUCAAAAGUGAGCGUGGGUGUGUGUAUGUGUGGCGUGGUCUGUGUGUGUCUGUGUGA